AAUGCGGAAUACUUGGUGGUUGCCGGUGCUCGCAAGAAAGUCGAGACAUGGGAGCCCGAGGACAACGAGACUAUUGAGCUUAAAGAUGAAGAAGAGGCAAAGAAAUUGGCUGAUAAUGCAUUCUACAAGCUUGAACAGUCUGUUAAAGAUGAACAGAAGGCAAAAGAAUCUCUUCCCAUUUUAACACAACUACAGAGACUAAAUGAAAGGCAAUGGGCAGACCCAUAUACGCACUCCCAGAGACUGCGAAAGAAAUUUAGAGAAGAGAAAAAGAUCUUGGAAGCUAAGAGACGUGCAGAUGAAGAAAUCCGAGAUCGGAACGCGUUGUCAAUUCCAUUAUUACCAGAAUCGCAAGAGGACGAGGUUGAAGCCAAAGCCACAGAAUUUGCGGAUCAUCUCAUACGAGCUCAGAAGCGAAAGCUUGAAGUCAACACCUCGUCGAUAUUUAACAAAUCAUCAAGAUCCAAAAGAUCAAUUUUUAACUCCAACGAUCCUAAAAACAAGAUUGCCCAAUUAUCCACGAUGAUCUCGGUGAACACAAAACUUAAAAUAGACCCUUUUCUUAAAGACAAUGAUUGGAAUGGCGAUAAUGCCGGAAAAGGUGGUGGUGAAGUUAACAAAGAAUUGGUUCUCGUCAAGAAGAAAGAUGAUGCAAAGAAAGUUGAAAAUAACAAAUCAAAAGUGCAAGAAGCGUCAAACGUAAAUCCCAAUGAAAAUACCAAUUCAAGUGAAGUCACUAUUUCUUUGGUCAGCGCAGAUUAUGAUGAGGAUGAUUAA